AUGCAUUUUUUUUUCUUUUUUGCUGCUGCAGAAGAAGAAGAAAAGAAAAAAACCUUCAUUCCGCCAGAGCCAGAAAAGGCGGAAGCAGAGCCCCUUCCCCCCUCCCCCAAAACCCCAGUACCCCCCGCCCCACGCGAGGGGGGCCCCCGGGGGGCCCCCCAGGGGCCCCCCGAGGGGCCCCCGCGGCCGAGCCCCGAGCACUGCGAAGAAUUUCCUUUAAACUUGGAAGUCCCUUCCAAGGCCGUGCGGGAGCAAACUGUGGCUCACCUCAUAUCUUUUCUAAACAGCAGCAGCAGCAGCAGCGACAGCAGCAGCAGCAGCAGCAGCAGCAGCAGCAGCAGCAGCAGCAGCAGCAGCAGGCUGGUUUCUGUGGGGGCCGCGUGUCUGGCGUGGGCCCUGAAUGCCUCAGUGUUUGAACUGCUGCAGGGGGCCCUCAGCCGCAGCUGGGGGGCCCCCCAAGUGGUGGAGGGGGCCCCCACAGCAGCAGAUUGGGUGGCGCUGCAGCUGCAAACUGCGCUGGACACAAAAGCCAUAAAGGGAAAUAAAGAAACAAAUAAAAGUGUCCUUAAAGCUGCCAGACUUUGCAUUGAUGCUGCUCGUGUGGCGGGCCGGCUGCUGGGCCAGCGGCGGCGGGACAAGCCCGAGGCCCCUCUCGCGGGCCCCGGGAAUUUGCUGGGGACAGCUUUGGGGUUAAGUUUUGAUGGAGAGUUGCUGCUGGGGGAAAGAGCAGCACAGUUUGCUGCAGCACGCUGCAGCGGGGAAGCAGCAGCAGCAAAAGCGGCGCUGUGGCCGCUCGCCCAGGUGCUGCUGAUGUCGCUGCUGCUGCAGUACCGGGAAGCAGCCAGCUGCCAGGUGUACGUACACCGCAGCACCCGCUACGCGCUGCCGCUGCUCGCGCUGCCGCAGAAGCAGCAAAUUCGGGACUUUUUGGACUUCGUGGACAUUUAUAAUGAAUUAAUUCAAAAAUAUAAAACUAAUCAUCAAAAAAAUAAAACUACAAUGCACCAAUUCGCCGAAAAGUGCCAAGUGCUGCGCCUCGACACAG